ACAGAGUUUGUUGUGCCAGGAAGCCCGUGGACAUGGUGCCGGGGGGGCUGAGGCAGUGUUUAUGCAGGCCGGAUCCAGAGCUCAGCACCGCAACAAGUAGUGAGAGCCCAGCGCUGGCUGGGGUGCAGGAGGGUCCCCGGAGCACAGCGGGUGGGUGGGGGACACCCCCUCUACUUGCUGUACCCCCUGGGAUGGAAAUCCCCCGCCUUGCUCUGUGGGGCAGGCAGAGGCUGGGUGCCCUCGAUGUGCUCGGGGAAGGGGGAGCAUUUCGGAAACAUCCUGGGUGCCAAAACAGCCGUUGUUGACGUGAUGGCCGGGCACCUGCUGUCCAUCUCCUGCUGGGGGAUCCUGGAGCUGGGGGGAAAUGGGGGAGCUAAAGUGCACCCCACCACUGCCAACAGCCUCGCUUGCAGGGUCUGGAGGGUGCGAUACAGGCCUGGAGGGGCCCUUGAGCCGCCCCGACUUGAAGCAAGGGGAGCCUGAAAUGCUGGUGGCCCCCCUGAGCCCAUCCUUUGGCCCCACACCGGGUAACCGGCAGAGACCUCCCAGCCCCUCCUGCUGCAGUGACCCCCCCUCCCCACCGCCAGCCCCCUGCCCAGGGGGUUCUCUUUCUGCCCGCUGCCGGCAGCGAUGCUCCAUGCCCGCUCCCCUCCCUGCCUGAGACAGACGGUGUCACUUCGAUGCUGAGACCAACCUGCUUAAUGUGGUGAAAGUCUAAACGUGUUAAAGCCGCUUGGUUUGCCACGGCCAUUCCCGGGCUCACUCCCCCCACUGGCCUCGGGGCCGCUCGGCAGAAAACUGGCACCGAUGGGGCGACACGUUCCCAGAAUCAGCCCAGGGGGUGGCGGGGAUGUUGGGGCCCCCAGAUAGCUGUUUGUCACCUUUGAACAUUCGAGUCCUACCGGAACAUGCUGAAAUUCACCCCAUCACGUCCCUCCUCUCUUUCCCCAGCUGCUGUGGUGGGUGUUGGGGCAAAGCCCACCCCUGCAGCAUCGGGGCCGCUCAGGAUCUGGUGCUGAGGGUCUGGAAACUGGGGUGUCCCCAAGAUCCCAUCCUCUCUGCCCUGCGGCUCAUCUGGGCUCUACCGCCAACUCCCAGCAUGAAGACGGGCAAUUUUUGGGGUUCUUUUUCUAGUCCCAUCCCCGCCGUGAUGGCUCUGCAGUGGGGCUGGGGUGUGGGGGGGAUGUGCUCUCUGCUGGGGGGCUCAUGGCAGACCCAAACCAUGGAGAAGUCAAACUUGGAGCCACAAAACAUCCGUUUCCCCCGGCUCUGGGCUGCUUUUGCAAAAAUCUACGUGCAGGGCCGGGCUGCAGCGCUGCUGAGACACAGGAAAAACCCAAAGCAGGGGGUGUGUGCCCCAAAACAGGCACCCAUCGGGCUGGGGGGCUCUGGGACAGGGGACAUGUCCCAUCCCACUGGUGUGGGUGCCCCAUCUUGCCUGGUGGCACUGGCGCCUCCUUGUCUGUGUCCCUGGGAUGCAUCCCCAUGGAGAGGAGCUGAGGUUGGGUGGGACAUGAUGGCACUGGGGUGAACCUGGUCGGGUAGUGGGAUUAACACCCCCGGCACCUUCUCUGCCCCUCUGACACACCAUCCCAUGCCGCCUCGUGCCAUCCCAUACCAUCCCCCACCCACUCCUACCCUGCAAAACUGAUUUCCUGCCGGUUUCCCACGCAGGUCCCCAUCCUUCGUCCAUCCCCUGCGGCUCUCGGGCUCAGCCAGGGCAGGAUUCCUGUGGAAACCCCCAAGGACUCGCCAUGGCCCUGGCUGCGAAGGGCCCGGGGAAUUCCUGCCCCGUGGCUUUCUGCUGCGAAGCCAGGGCUGGCUUUGCCUUUCAGGGGCACUCGGUGCACUUGGGGGUACAAGGACCGGCUUUGCAUUUGGGGACACAAGGGCUAGUGUUGCCUUUGUGGGGGACGCUGGGGAGACAAGGAUUGGUUUUGAAUUUGGCUAACAUGAGGGUUGGCUUUGGCUUGAUGGUGCAGUGGGUGGCCCUGCAUUUGGGGGAGCACAAGGGCUUGCUCUGCCCUUUUGAGGGGACUUGGGGAUGGUUUGGCUGGGCUGCGGUGACAAGAGGGGACCCAGUGCCACAGCACUGUGCCGCCAUGUAGCUGUGCCAUGUGCCUAUGCUGUGCCAAGCAGCCGCGCCAUGCAACCAUGCAGCUCUGUGACACAGCUGCGCAGCACCACGCCACUGUGCCAUGCUGUGCCAUGCAGCCAUGCAGUGUCACCAUGCCACACCGAGCAGCCGUGCCGUACAGCUGUGCCAUGCAGCUGUGCUGUGGGGGCAGGGGACGGGUGGAGCGCAACGGGGGCUGCGCCGAUCUCCCACGGGCCGCGGUUCUAGUGGCCGAUGCAACUGGGUUGCACUGGGUUGUACUGGGAGAGGAGGCGGCUCAGGAAGCUGGCAGCCCCCCCGCUGCGGUGCUGGGGUGCGGGGACGGUACAGGGCAAGUGGGGCUCCCCUUGCUGGGGGGGUUUGUGCUCCUGGGCUCCAUAUUUCCCCUCCACCUGGGUUCAUCCUGACCCUCUGCUCCCUCUGUUCCCUUGACCCCAGGGUUCCACAUCACCCAGUGUCCUCUUGACACCCGUGUCCCCUGGACAUGCCGGUGUGUCCCCAGUGCCCUGUGUCCCCUGGUUCACCUGCCCCAUGGUCAUGCAACCCAUUUUGCCCCAAGCCCCCUGAGUCAAGGGGUUCACACAGGGACAAACCUCAGGGCAAGAGCUGGGGGCCGCUUCCAGAGCUCCAGAAACAAAUGUGCAAAGCGGGGGACACUAGAGGUGUGGGUGAGUUGGUUGGGACAUCCUGCCCCCCACCAUGGCACCUCCCAAACCGCAGGGGCCAAACCCAAGGGAACUGAGUCCUGCCUGAGCAGCGGCCCCAGGAGCUCCAGCACCGGGGGGUUUAAAAAUAAACAUGAAGCGUGCAGGGUUUCGGGUCGUACCCCCCGCCCUGCCGUGCCCCGGCCGAGCCCUGCGGUUUGCACCGCGGCAGCAUGUGAGCUGCGGCUCUUUCUCUGCUCCGCCAGCAGCUCGAGGCUCAGGGAGCCGGUGGUGUCGGAGCAAGCAAGGUGCAAAAAAAAACCCCAAAAAGCAACAAAAAAAAACCCAGAAAAAGCUGUUUUCUUCCUCUUUGCUCCUUGCAGCAGCUCAGGGCUGGUGCAGCACCCAGCCUGGCUGCUCGCCCUGGUUCACCGCUGUGCUGGGAGCCAGUGUGGGUGAGGGUUUUGGCACCUGGGGGGGCUCGGGGGCAGCGCAGCCCCUUGCUGCUGCCCUUUGAUGUGGCUGCAGUUUGUACCGGUGGCAGGAACUGCCGUGGCCCUCGGCACGGCCACGUCUCGCACGCUCUGGCAGGGAUGUGACCCUCGGGGGCCGCUUGCUUUUGGCACACGAGUGGUGUGACGGGUUUUGGGUGGUCCCCGGGGUACUGUGGUGCUCGGGGUACGCUCGGUGUUGCUGUCCAUCCGUCCCCGGGGAGCACACGUGCGGCUCCUCGCCGUGAGCUCUGCUUUCUUUUUCUUUUCCCCGCUCUCUCGCAAAGGCAAUUUUGAGUCAGUGCGGGCUGUGCGUGCUCUUUCCACUGCUCCUCGGCCCUGGUGCUGCGGCCGAUUCCCCAUCUCCUGCCCCACACCCAGGGCUGUGCGUCCCCAGCCCCUCACCGUGCUUUGCACCUGCGGCUGGUGCUCAGGGCAGGAUGGUGGCCGCGGGGGCUCCGCCGGUCCCUGCUGCAGCAGCCCCCUUGCUGCAUCUUUGUCAUGAGCUCACUGGUCUCUGCAGGGCAGCUCCGGGGGGCAGCCCCAUAUCCCGGCCCAAAACCAGACCCACACCUUCCCUUCUGCCAGGGGGGGAGGAGGAAACCCCCCCAGCCCCAUGUGGGACCCCUCAUCCAGGUGAGGUUUGCCAGGGACCUUUUGGAGAAGCCCCAGCACCUGUUUUACAAGAAAUGCUGGUGCUUCGAGGAAAUGGGGAAGGGGGGUGAAACCAGCGCCUCUCCCUGCUGCCAGCCGCCCCCCACCCUCGCCCACCUGGUACCGGCACACGGGAAGCGGCGCAGCCCAGGGGAGGGAGGGGACCGGGGGUGUGUGGCAUCUCAGCACCCCCAGCCCUCCUUUCGGGGGUGGUCAGGAUGAGUCCUCCAUUGCCACACAUGUAUCGCACCCAGGCAGAGCUGAGAGGGAGAUGGGCACCCCCUGUGCCCCUCAUGUCAGUCUGCAUGGGGGUUCCGUCCUGCUCCCUGAUGAUGGCUCGUUAGUGUGGGUGAUGCUAAUGGGGUGGCCAGGUGGUGGGGAUGGGGCUGCUGAGGCAGGUUUCCAAAAUCCAGAACUUAGCGGGUACCAAAAUGCUGUAGUCAAAGAGCUGAGCUCUGCUGGGGGUCUGAACUGGCCACCCCGGCUGUAAUCCCAGUCUGGCUACUGGGACUACUGGGGCUGGUGAUGGAAAAGCAGGGACUGAACUCUGAGGGGGAGGAGGGUCUGAUCUCCCAACCCUUGGCUGGGAUUUGGGGUCCACCCUGGGUGGGGGGGGCAGUGGGGAGCAGCCCUCGGGGGGGGUGGCAGCUGCAGCCCCAGGGUCCCCCCCGGCUGUCCCAUCCUGUCCCCUUCCUGCCCUUGGCGCAGGCUGGCACCCAGCCCGAAAUAGCAGUGGUGUUGGUUUCCGAUCCGGAAGGUGCUCGAGGAGAGGGAGGAAGAUGCCGGGGGGGGGAAUCAGCCCCGAGAGCAUCCCCCAGCUGCCGGGGUCAGUCACCUCCUCACGGGCACCCCGCCGGGCACUGGAGAGGCGCAUGUUCCCAUUCCUCAGCUUCAGCCUCUCGGGGCUCAACCCCGUGGCGCACUACAGCGUCUGCGUGGAUGUGGUGCUGGUGGACCAGCACCACUGGCGCUACCAGGGCGGCAAGUGGGUGCAGUGCGGCAAAGCCGAGGGCAACAUGCCAGGAAACCGCCUCUACCUGCACCCCGACUCGCCCAACACGGGAGCCCACUGGAUGCGGCAGGAGGUUUCCUUUGGGAAGCUGAAGCUCACCAACAACAAGGGCGCAGCCAACAACGUGGGCCAGAUGAUCGUGCUGCAGUCGCUGCACAAGUACCAGCCGCGGCUGCAUGUGACGGAGGUGAAGGAGGGCGAGGGCGAGGAGACGCACCCCUCCCCGCACACCCACACCUUCGCCUUCCCCGAGACCCAGUUCAUCGCCGUCACAGCCUACCAGAACGCCGACAUCACCCAGCUGAAGAUCGACCACAACCCCUUCGCCAAAGGCUUCCGCGACAACUUUGACUCGAUGUACACGGCGUCGGAGGGCGACCGCCUCACCCCAUCCCCGCCGGACGGUGCCGGGUGCCAGCAGCUCCUGCCAGCCCCCUGCUUCCAGCCCUUCCUGCCCGAGCAGUACUCGCUGCCCGCCCCCGGCCGCUUCUUCGCGGGGGCAGAGCGGGGGGCUCCGCUGCCCCUGCCCCCCAAGGACCCCCCGCGCUGGUACUUCACCCCUCAGCAGCCCCCCGCCCCCGGGGCGCUGGAGUACGGUGGCUACGAGGUGGGGUACGGGGGGGGCAAACUGGUGCCCUAUGGGGUGAAACCCUUCGCCCCCCACCCCUCCCUGCCCUACUACCCCGAGGGCCCGGGGGGGUUCGGGGGGGGCUGGAGCCCCGGGCAGUUCGGCCCCAAGGGCAGCGCCGGGGCACUGGGCUGGUACCGGGAGCCCCGGGAGGAGAAGGGGAAGGAGGCGGAGGGCUGGGCCCCCCCCGAACCCCCCCCCACGCUUUCGGGGGACUCCUCGGACUCGGGGCUGUACGAGUGCAAGCGGCGGCGGGUGUCCCCGUACCCCUCCAGCGCCGAGAGCUCGCCCCCGCCCCGAAACGGGGACAUCUACGACAAGGACCUGGGCGCUGAUGGCGGCUACUACGGCUUCUACGGCAACUGAGCUGCACUGGGGGGCUCAGACACCCCCCCCCGGCACCCCGAGGCAAUGGGAGCUGGUCCUGUGUGUGCCCCCACCCAUUUAACACCCUUAUCCUGGGAAGACUUGAGUGGACGGGGGGGCUGCAGCCAGACAAUCAGCCCCCGGAGCCACCCCAGUGGGGCCACAGGGGUGACUGGGAAGGGAUGGGGGCGGGGAUAGAGCAUUUUUUUGUCAUCAGUGGUUUUUAAGGGGUGGGGGGGUUAACACUGAAGUAUUUAUUGAGCCCCCCCCGUGCCUGGCGUGGGGCUGGGGGCAGCAGCAUAUCUUGCAAUAAAAGGGACACUGUGGG